UUCUUUGUUCCUGUUCUUGUUCCCAUCCAGUACUUGUAUCAAGCCAUUGAACCUUUAUACCACCUUCAAGUCUAUCACAUACCUGUCUACGAAACUUUACCCGUAUCUCCAACAUGGUUGCCGGUCCCCGCCUUACAGGUCCAGCUGCAAAGCUCGCCCGUUCCAUCACCACCACAGCUACUGCAUCUCAGUCCAACACGCUCCUCACAAGCACCAAGAGCACAACCGCUCCCCUCUCUCGGAAAUAUGCAGAGCUCCUCAAGGAGAGGAAUAUAGAUCCGGAUCACCCCCGUCACCUCUACACCCGAUCGUCCAACCGCCCACACCCCCCACCUCGCACGAUGCGCCUGAUGCAGACCUUUGGCUCCAGCGCGCCGAAAGCCGCUCUUGCCACUACCACCAUGGACAACAUCGUCUUCCCGGGCUCUGCAUCCCUCGAGGGGUCGCGCGACGACCCAUUCGCACAUCUGCGCGUGCCCUUACUCCCGGAUAACUUCGCGACGCAUCACACGCCUGAGGUUGCCGAUGGGCCAAUUGCCCCGGCUCAGAUCAGCAUCGUUGCUGCGAACCCGGAGCUCGUCUCCCCGUCGGCGUUGACGGAGGUCGAGGGCAUGGGUAUGGAUGGUGUCGAGCUCAAGUUCGCGCACGAGGAGACGCCGGCGGAGAGGGAGCAGGGCACGCUUACAGAUAUUUGGAAGGGCCUCGUUGAUGAUGUGUUGGGUAGUAGUAGUGGUAAACACAACGUUGCUCUUUAACACGCUCUGUCGCGUAUAAACGAUCGUCAUGAAAUAAAUCGGGUAGAAAAAGAAGAAGCGGAGCUGGGAAGCAUUUGUUUUCGA